ACAGAAGAGCGAUCGAGCGGGCGUGCGUGCGUGCGUGUGUGUGUGUGUGUGUGUGUGUGUGUGUGUGUGUGUGUGUGUGUGUGUGUGUGUGUGUGUGUGUGUGUGUGUGUGUGUGUGUGUGUGUGUGUGUGUGUGUGUGUGUGUGUGUGUGUGCGAGAGAAAGAGAGAGAGACAGAAAGAGAGAGAAAAAAAAUAGGGGGAGGAGUGGGUCUGCGAUCAGGAGAGAGGGAGAGAGAGCCAGAGAGGGUGGAGUAUACGCGUGUGAUCGAGGGGCAGCAACAGAGCGGGAGAGAGAGAGAAAGAGAGAGAGAACACAGUAGAGCACAGCGCAGUAGACGGCAGACGCAGCGGCUUUCCACAGCGCUAGGACACAGACCCAGACGCGCACCGCCAAGCUGAACAGAGAAGAACACUAAAAACAAUCGGAAUACACGCCGCCGGAGGAGACCAACCGACAGCAGGACUCGCCAACUGAAAGGGAGAAUGGAAUAUUACAACCACCAGCUGCAACUACAACAACAACAACAACAAAGCUUGAGAUUUUCCCGUCUCUCCCCACUUGUGUUUGGAGCGGCAGAGCACCAAGCAGAGCCCCAGUGAAAACACAUACAUAUGAUAUAUAUAUAAAACUCCUAUACAUAUAUAUCAAAUUAUGCCUGUUUUCAGAGAAGCAGCUGAUGGACACGGACUGUGUUGAAAGCAAACUAAAAAGAGUCCAUUGAAUAACUAAUUUAAAGGAUCUGCUGUUUUGGAAAUUUUUAGUAAAGAAUUAAAGCAUUAAAAAUGCUUCUAAUUGUGCCUGCCAUAUGCUGUUUGGGAGAAAAAAGGGUUGAAAAUUAAUUUGCUGCAUUUGGAAACUGGCAUUUUCUUUUUCCGAGAUGUAUUGAGUACUUGAAACCACAAUAGCAGCAAUCUUCUACAUUUCCCAGGAGGCUUCUUCUGAAAACAGGAUAUAUAUAUAUAUAUAUAUAUUAAGAUAUAUAUAUAUUUACUUUCUCUGUGCUAAUUUGAUUGAUCUUUGGAGGAUUUGAGUCCUCCAUGCCUCACUGGCCGCCUGCCAGUUCCACGUCACUCCUGUGCGUAACAAGUCCACGUAAAGCUUUGUAGAGUCGGCUGGCCAGCUGUGGAAGAAAACAGUCAGGUGUGGGUGGCAGGUGGUAAAUAUACCAGAGGGAGUGACAGAGAGAGUGGAAGAGAGAGACCUGGUGAAAGCCCAAGAGGAGAGAGAGGGACAGUGUUGAGAAGAAAAAGAUCCAAAACAAACAAUGAAAGAGGGCAAAGAAUGGAUCAUGUGUCGGUAAACAGAGAAGUGAUGAGAAGAACUGCGUUGUAAAAAUCCCAAAAGAGGAAGGACCCGUUUUUGGUAGAAAAAAAGAAGGAAAGCAUUACUCCGGAACGAGUCCGAGUCGUCUGCAGAAAGUGGGACAGCGCCGUUGUUGUUCGUCUCGCUCACCGUGCUUGACGUUUUCCCACCUCCCCCCAACCUCUUUUCUCUCUCUCCCCAUUUCCCUCCCUCCCUUACCUUGUCAUUCCCCCUCCACUCACCAGCACUCCCUCCUCCAAAACCUUUCCCCUUCUCCAACCUCCCCCCUUCCCACAACUCCUACUUACCCCUCCUACCCCAGCUCCCUCCACCAGCACCACCACCCAGCCUUUUACUCCACCCCUGUCGCUGUGUAGACGGACACGCGGGGUCUCGCCGCAUUAGCCCAUCGGCGGUCUACUCCACUGGGCUCUCUCGCCACGUAACUCUGCCCCCCCCCCCCCCCCCUACCCCGCCCCACCCCUACCCCAUUGCUUCUCCCUCCUCUCUCCCCGUCUCCUUAACCUCCUCCCCUUAGCUCCAUUACGGAGAGGACGAGACCACUACAAAAGCCCCGCACUCGGGCUAAGGUGCAAGAGCUCAACAGGAGUCCAGGAGCCGUAGAGGGACCCCGAUAAUUGGACCUAAUUGGAGCCACAGUGAUAGCCACUGACUUGUUUUUUUCGGUGGAGCUUUUUACUUUCAGAGCUGGUCUUAGAGCGGGUCUGUUUAUUUGUGUGUGUGUGUGUGUGUGUGUGUGUGCGUGCGUGUGUGUGUGUGAUUGUUGUGUGCGUGUGUUGGUGCACGUGGGUGUGAGUGAGGGAGACCAACAGAGUGAAUGGUUACCUCAGGUUGAAUUCAUCAUCAAACUGGGGAGUCCAACUAUCAUUGAAACUUCAACCGCUUGCUGACACAGAGAGUGUAAUUAUAUCAUUCAGCUGUGUUUUGGAUUCACUAACCUUGUGAGGACAUCCUUUGUGGGUACACAACAGAAGAAGGACUCAUCUGUUUUUUUGUGUGGAGAGAGAGAGAGAGAGAGACAAGGUUGGGCUUUGAAAGGUUAGCCAACAAGAUGCCUGGCACAAAACAAGAAAAUACCCAAGAGCCUGAAAGCUGCAGCCUUAAAGAGGCCAGUUAAUCCAAAAGAAGUAAAAGAGGUUGAGACAAAGGGAUCACAAGACAAGAUCACCACCAGUGUUGCAUCGCUUUCUCAUCAUUUGUCCUGGACAUUAGAAUCAGGUGUGGACUGAUCCGGAACAAUAGAAGCCCCAGCAGCCAAUGGCUCCUUCCCAGCAAAUUUGACAGUUUGGUUGUUUAGGUUUUUGAUAGAAUCUUCCUUCAAGAACACUGACAUCCUGGACAUCUUUUUCGAGAUACACACAACAGCUUAUCGUUGGAGAUGCCUCCAGAAGGGUUGAUGCCUUGGUGAUAAGUCUUCUUAGACUGGACCCCGUCCAAGACUUCUCUGAGGAUUUGGGCGUUUUGACGAAGGCCCACCUCGGUCGCCUGCUGAUGUCACACAGAUUUGUGAAAAGGCACUGGCCGUGAGUCGAGGCCCAUGCAAGAGCUUCACUUUUUUCCCACCAAGGGGUUUUCAGUCUCUUUGGAAAUGUAUUCAAAUCUUUGAAAAAAAAAGAAUCUGGGUGCAUUUUAUGGCCUUGAAGAGGACAUCCAUUUUGUUUCACCCUUCUUCCCCCCGGCUGCCGUGAUCGUACCCAGGCCCUUCGGUUGGGUUAGGCCCAUGCCAGACCAGCUCCAACAGCACAUAAUCUACGCUACGUUCCACCUGCUGCAAGUGUGAACUGUUUUUGCUAGCAAGAUCGAAUCGAAUCAAAGAUGGCCGCCUCCUCGCCGCCGCACUCCUUCAUUCUCAGCGUCUCCAUGGUGAUCCUCUUGGGGCUAACGCUACAGGGCGGGUGGAACUCUCAGCCCUCGGGGCUGGUCUCCGCGCAGGCCCCCAGCCUGGGCGCCGACGGCAACCAGACAGCGGUGCCCUCGGCCGCCGGGGAAGCGGCGCUGGUCAAGCCCACGCCGACGCCCGAGUCGGAGGACGCCUCGGUGCCGUCCAUCGGCAGCCGCUGCUGGGGAUACUUCGACGUCAUGGGCCAGUGGGACCCGCCCUUCAACUGCAACGCCGGCAUCUACAUGUUCUGCUGCGGCUCCUGCUUCUACCGCUUCUGCUGCCAGUUCCGGAUACACAGCCUGGACCAGACGUCCUGCUCCAACUACGACACGCCCGUCUGGGCCAACACGGGCAAGCCGGCGGCGCCCGUCACGGAGGUCCAGGAGGAGCCCGACCGGGACCGGACCCACAUGAUCGUGUACAUCAUCUGCGGUGUGGUGGCCAUCAUGGUGCUGGUGGGCAUCUUCACCAAGCUGGGCCUGGAGAAGAGCCAGGGCGGGCAGACCGACAUGACCAACUCCAGGUGA